GACACGCGUAGUAGCUACGACGGGGGGGACUUCACAGGCGUAUCGAUGGAGGCGUUACACUAGGCUAAAACAGCAUCGCAUGUUUGAUAACACAUUUACUAAUUAGAAAUAUGAAGGAGAUAAGAUUAGAGAAGUGUAUCAGGAUGCGGAGGGUUUGUUCUAUAAUGUGAGUUCAUUUGUGAGCCGUAGAAGAGGAGAGGACAAUAGAUUGCGAGGUCCGUGCAGUAGACUAUAGGCCAUCCAGGAUAGAAUAGAUUCCUCAGGAAGAAUCCACUCUUUCGAGCUGCAGUAGUCUACAGACUGUCAACCUUGCGGGAUUUGCCUUCCAGUACACAUGGAAUACUGUGUUUAUCAAUAACGCAUCCACAACGAUACAGGCCCUGGGUGACGGGAUGCGCUGUGUGUUUUCAGGCCUGGGUGACGGGAUGCGUUGCGGCUGUGCUAUGUCCAAAGUCUGGGUCUUCGUCUUGCUAGUGAGCGUCACCUGCCGUCUGAGCCUUUCCCAGACCCCAGCAGUAACCACUACAGAACCCCUAAAAGAGGCGGAGCUAAAUGACAACAUCACCAUCUUUACCCGAAUACUGGACAGACUGCUGGACGGCUAUGACAACAGGCUACGUCCUGGUCUGGGAGAGAAGGUGACCGAGAUCAAGACCAACAUAUUUGUGACCAGCUUCGGUCCCGUUUCUGAUACUGAAAUGGAGUACACCAUAGAUGUGUUCUUCAGACAGAGCUGGAAGGACGAACGUCUGCGUUUCCAAGGCCCCAUGAAGAUGUUACCAUUAAACAACCUCCUGGCGUCUAACAUCUGGACCCCAGACACCUUCUUCCUCAACGGGAAGAAAUCUAUCGCCCACAACAUGACCACGCCCAACAAACUUCUCCGACUCAAAGACGACGGGACGCUGCUCUACACUAUGAGGUUAACCAUCUCAGCAGAAUGCCCCAUGCAGUUAGAGGACUUCCCCAUGGAUGCCCACGCCUGUCCUCUUAAGUUUGGAAGCUAUGCGUAUCCUGUGUCUGAGGUGGUGUAUUCGUGGACUCAGGGAGCAGCCAAGUCAGUGGUGGUGGCAGAGGAGGGGUCACGACUCAACCAGUAUCAUCUGAUAGGACAGACCGCUGGCACUGAGGACAUCUAUACUAGCAGAGGUCAGUACACAGUGAUGAUGUGUCACUUCUAUCUGAAGAGGAAGAUCGGCUAUUUCGUCAUCCAGACCUACAUGCCCUGCUUCAUGACCGUCAUCCUCUCCCAGGUGUCCUUCUGGCUCAACCGCGAGUCUGUCCCCGCCAGGACUGUCUUCGGUGUGACCACCGUGCUGACCAUGACCACUCUUAGCAUCAGUGCCCGUAACUCUCUGCCCAAGGUGGCGUAUGCCACAGCCAUGGACUGGUUCAUAGCAGUCUGUUAUGCCUUCGUCUUCUCUGCUCUUAUCGAGUUCGCUACCGUCAACUACUUCACCAAGAGGAGCUGGGCCUGGGAUGGGAAGAAAGCCAUGGAGGAUACGCGUAAGAAAAACCCUACGGCUCUGUCCAAGAAACCUAACAACACCUGUUCAGCUGGGGUCAGCUACACUCCCAACCUGACUAAGGGCAAUGCCAUCUCCACCAUCUCCAACAGCGCAGACAUCCAGCUGAAACUGGCUGAGGUCAAGACCCCCGACCCCAAAAAGACUUACAACAGCGUCAGCAAGAUCGACAAGAUGUCCCGUAUAGUGUUUCCUGUUCUGUUUGGGACAUUCAACCUGGUUUACUGGGCUACGUACCUCAACAGGGAACCAGUGAUCAAAGGAGCUGUGAACCCCUAUACAUAGAAGGAAAAGGCCAGGGAAGUGGCCCUGUUAUCGAUGGAGUGCAUUACUUUUGAUCAGGGCACAUUAGGGUUAGGUUUAGAGUUAAGGUUAGGGUUAGGGUUAGGGUUAGGUAGAGUUAAGGUUAGGGUUAGGGUUA